CUCCUUCACAUUGGUCCUAAACAGUCUAAACUCCUACUAUGAUGUCUUCGUCACGAACUACAGAAGAUACCUAUGAAGCACAGAAUGAUCAGCGACUAGAUGAAUUACAUUCAAAGAUACGCACACUGCGUGGAGUUACCACAGACAUCUACGACGAUGCCGAGAGACAACAUCUGACUCUGGAUGAUACAGGAAACGCUUUCUCUAGCAUUUCAACGUCCUUGUCUCAGUCCUCUCGACGAGCUGCACAAGCAUUCGGCCUCUCUGGCGCAGGCGGCGUCAGACAGAUGCGGAUAAUAAUGUAUAUUGUUGGCUCUUUUCUGGCACUCUGGCUAGUCUGGAAAACGAAGGAGGUCUGGAUUAAUGCGUGUAAUAUCUAUACCCUCGCAUGGACUAACGGUAAAAGCAAGAUGGAUAUUGAAGAGGGACUCCUCCCGCUAUAUGCCUGGACAUGUCGCCCAUAAGGUGAUAACCCCGACACCCAAUUUACUUGCUCUUUGAGCUCGUACAACUGACUGCGUGAGGCUUACCAGCGUCGACUUCAUGAACUUCCAGUGCUGUUAAGAAGUCCUGUCCUUCUCGACAUACUACGCACGCUGUGGCGUGGGGAUCGAAAUGAUUGACUGAUUUGUGUGCAUUGUAGUUUUUUCGAGCUCUCCUCACGCUGAUCACCUUCCUGGAUUACAUUAUACUCGACAUACUGAUUAUAUAUUCAGUAUUAUAUUACUUAUUAAUCCGUUGCUUGAAUCUCGAAGAAAGAAGGUAACGACUAGACUUGCACGAUUUGGAUAUGAAAACGUACAUGAUUUUCAGACACUACUGCA